CACUGAUCGAUGCAUGUGUAGCCCAGGUUUUUACCAAAUGUUCAUGCACAGACCUGGCUGUGAUGCAUGACUGCUGCCAUUGAGAAAAGUUGUGGAAAUUAAAGGGGAAGAAAAGAGGACACAGUUGGAUGGCUGUAGCUUUUUGGCCCAGACCUGCAGAGGGAUCGGAGGAGUGCACUCAUUGCGUCUCUACACGUAGGCCUUCUUAUUCUGGCGGCAGCAACCGCAGCCUGCAGAAGGCAACGCCAAACACGCACCACACCCUCCCCGCCGACGCCUUUUCCUCUGCAAUAAUCUGAUUUCUCCUGCUCUCCUCUCUCUCAAAUCUCAAUUCACCCACUGCCACCACGCAGCCACACAGAGGCUAGAUAUAGAGAGAGAGAGACGAGAGAGAGAUAGGAAGGACUUGCAAGAGAACACCAAGAAACAGACAAGCAAGCAGGGUGGUGAUCGAGUGACCAUGAUGCUCUCUGAUCUCUCGUCUGACCAGGAGGCCACUGGAUCCAGCUCCCAUGGAGGGGACAUCGCCAGCUACGCCCUGAGCCCUCUCCUUGUCGCGCCGGCGGCCACGGCCACCGCGGUGCUGCCGCCGCAGCCGGAGGAGCCCAGGGCGGGGGCCAAGAGGAAGAGGAGCCAGCCCGGCAACCCAGACCCCGGCGCGGAGGUGAUCGCGCUGUCGCCGCGGACGCUGGUGGCGACGAACCGGUUCGUGUGCGAGAUCUGCAACAAGGGCUUCCAGAGGGACCAGAACCUGCAGCUGCACCGCCGCGGGCACAACCUCCCCUGGAAGCUCCGCCGGCGCAGCCUCCCGUCCGGCGCGGGCAGGCAGGACGCCGCGCCGCCUCCGCCUCCGCCGCCGCGCAAGCGCGUGUACGUCUGCCCCGAGCCGACCUGCGUCCAUCACGACCCGGCAAGGGCGCUGGGGGACCUGACGGGGAUCAAGAAACACUUCUCGCGGAAGCACGGCGAGAAGCGGUGGAGGUGCGAGCGGUGCGGGAAGCGCUACGCCGUGCAGUCCGACUGGAAGGUGCACGUCAAGGGCUGCGGCACGCGCGAGUACCGCUGCGACUGCGGCAUCCUCUUCUCCAGGAAGGACAGCCUGCUCACACACAGGGCCUUCUGUGAUGCCCUAGCUGAGGAGAGUGCAAGGCUUCUUGCAGCUGCAAACAACGACAGCAGCACCAUCACCAACGGCAGCAGCAACAGCAACAGCAACAAUAAUCUCAUGAUCACCAACAGCAGCGCACCACUGUUCCUCUCACGAUCAUUCUCCAACCCUCCUCCUGCUGCUCAUCAAAACCCUAAUGCCCUCUUCUUCCUGCACCAAGAGGCCCCUGACCCCCUGCCGCCGAUCCAACCCUCGCCGUACCUUGACCUUCCUAUCUCUGCCAGCAUCAGCACCACCACCUUCGUCACCGGCGACGUCCUCGCCGACUCGGUCAGCUUCAGUCUUGCUCCGGACGGUUCGGUUGCUCUGCACGCCGGCGGGCACCGGCGCUUCACCAGGGACUUCCUCGGCGUCGACGACGGCGAGGUCGAGGAGCUGCAUCAGCUGCCACUGUGUGCCACCACUACUGCCACCGUCCCCCGUGCCGCCAGCUGCGCCACCGAUCUCACCAGGCAGUACCUCGGCGAGCGGCUGCCGCCGGUGAACGGGACGUGGAGCCACAACUUCUAGGGCCACUGCAUGAAGAGAAGCCGCUCAAACUGCAUGCAUGCACUCUUGAAGAGCUAGCAAUCAAACAUAGUGCGACGUGACAUCUUGAGCAAUGUUGUUACUUUCUUGAUCUUCGUUUCCUUGCUGUUUAAUUCUCAUUUAGGGUACGUGUAUUCGACUUUCGCAACUUUCGGUGCAUGAAUCAUCACAUCUAUGUUGUUUUGUGCCUUUUUUAUGCUGAGAGACAUGUUCUCGUUGAGAUGGUUAUGAUAAUACAUUGAAGCAUCUUGUGUUUCAUUA